AUGUCACUGAAUCCCAAGACAUGUUCAGUUCGAGCAAACCUGUGCAAAAAAAUCGAAGUAGUGCGGCAACUUUUCAAAGCAUUCCAUGAGAAGGAACGUGGACAUAAAGUUAGAAUAAGAACGACGGAAGAACCAAAAGAAGGAAGAAAGCGUGAACCAGAGGAUACACUUGCAAAGACAGAAUUUGAAGAAGUAGAGGUAGCAAAGCGGCCAGCAGUCUCCUCGGUUCGAAAAAGGAGUACGCUUCGUUGGAAACAGGACCCGGGCACAGCGAUAGGUAAGAAGGAAGUUGUAUCGUUGUUAGAUGGGAAGGUUAUGCCAGUCGAGGAUCUUGUUCAACAUCGAGACUUUCGCAUAGCUCGCAAGAUAAUUGAUGAAGUCGCAAAAGCCAAAAUUAUUGAAAAAUUACUAAAUGAAGAGGAUAACGCCACGAUACGACGACUUUUUGAGACAGAUUUAGCUAAUCCAUCCUUCAAGGAAAUGAAGCUACUGCAUCGUGCCUUAAGCAAGCUAUGGGAAUAUUUGAUGUGCAAUCUUGGGCAAUUUCAUUUUGAACAAGAAACACUUGUAUUUCUAUGCGAACGAGAAAAGGCCAAGGCCCGAUUUCUCGACGUCUUGCUUUUUUGUCCAAGUACACUUCCAGAUUGUUGGGGAGGACGCCACAUUUGUGAAGUAACCGAAUGCGAGUCUGGAACACUCAUUGUACCAGUAUCUACUCUUCCAGGUGGAGAAGUACCGAGGUCUGCUAUUUCAGAGACGUUUCCUUCGCAAUGGAGUAAGCUUGUGAGGGUAGUCAUGGACGAAAAUAAAUCGAAAGCGCCGAUCCCAUCAGAAAAGCACGAUAAUGCCAUGGAACAACGGAAAGAAAGUUUUGGAACGAAGAUUGUUAGAAGAAAAUCACCAUCAAGUCUGAUUAAGCCAGAUCAUAGAGGAGAACAAGCCAAAAAAGAAAAGAAGGAUGUUGAAACUAGUUUGAAGCAUUCAAAGAAGAUAAUCAGUGCUAAAAAGGGAGACUUGAAGGAUUCCGCAGGAGCAGCCACAGAGAAGAAAAUUGGGCAAAAAAUUGACGUCAGUGAGAAGAAAGACUCGAAAAUCUCUGCUGCGGCGAGUAUUGAUAGGAAAAUUGAACGAAGAGAUCAAAAGCCAUCUAAGGACUAUGACUAUAUUAACACGAAAGAACUGGAGGAUUAUCUUUGUGAGCUCGGAGAUACGGAAGGAGCUGAAAAUGUCGUGAAAAAGAAAGAAAAUGAAGAGAAGAAAAUGAUAGUCCGUGAUCCACAUUGCAUAGAAGCUAUCAUUGAAACGUACAGUAUGGGCGUAAAAAAUAGAGCAGAUAGUAAAAAGGAGGCACAAACAACUCUGCAAAUGGGAUCUUCCCACAAAGCGUCAACUCAGAAAGUGGAUACGGAGGGAAAGGAUGUGCUAUUGAAGAACUUGUGCAAGACUCAGGAAGAAGAAUCGCAAAUGCAGUAUAAGAUAGAUCAUAUUGCAAAAAGUGAACAAAUGUCCGCGCAAAUGAAGUCCUCCAACAAGGUAUCGACUCAAAAAGUGGAAACGUGGGGAACGGAUGCGCUUCUAAAGGACUUGUGCAAGACUCAGGAUCAUGAACCUCACGAGGAACAUCGAAAGCGGUGCAAAACGGAUCUUAAACUGAAAAGGGAACAAAUGGCUGCGCAAGUAGAGUCCACCAACAAGCCAUCGGCUCAAAAAGUGGAUAUGGGGCGAAAAGAUGCGCUCUUGACGGACUUAUGCGUAACUCAGGAGGAUGGACCUCAGAAGGAACAUCGAAUGCGUCACAAAACUCAUCCUAGCCCAAAAAAGGAACAAUUGGCUGCGCAGGUGAAGUCCUCCCUCAAAACAUCGGCUCAAAAAGUGGAUAUGGGGCGAAAAGAUGCGCUCUUGACGGACUUAUGCGUAACUCAGGAGGAUGGACCUCAGAAGGGACAUCGAAUGCGUCACAAAACUCAUCCUAGCCCAAAAAAGGAACAAUUGGCUGCGCAGGUGAAGUCCUCCCACAAAACAUCAGCUCAAAAAGUGGAUAUGGGGCGAAAAGAUGCGCUCUUGACGGACUUAUGCGUGACUCAGGAGGAUGGACCUCAGAAGGAACAUCGAAUGCGUCACAAAACUCAUCCUAGCCCCGAAAAGGAACAAUCGGCUGUGCAGGUGAAGUCCUCCCACAAAACAUCAGCUCAAAAAGUGGAUAUGGGGCGAAAAGAUGCGCUCUUGACGGACUUAUGCGUGACUCAGGAGGAUGGACCUCAGAAGGAACAUCGAAUGCGUCACAAAACUCAUCCUAGCCCCGAAAAGGAACAAUUGGCUGCGCAGGUGAAGUCCUCCCACAAAACAUCAGCUCAAAAAGUGGAUAUGGGGCGAAAAGAUGCGCUCUUGACGGACUUAUGCGUGACUCAGGAGGAUGGACCUCAGAAGGAACAUCGAAUGCGUCACAAAACUCAUCCUAGCCCCGAAAAGGAACAAUUGGCUGCGCAGGUGAAGUCCUCCCACAAAACAUCAGCUCAAAAAGUAGUUACAAAGGAAAAACAUGUACUCUUGAAAGAGUUGUGCAAGACUCAGGAGGAUGAAGGUUUGAGAUUGUCUACAACACAGAAAAUCAGAAAAAGUCAAGAAGAUUCAAAAUUAUUUUUCGGAAAACACGUAAAAGAACCAAGACAAGAACAGCAGGGUGGAACGUUUGGGAUGAUGAAAGGAAAAGAAGCAGAAGUUUCUGGGAACUCAAUGGAAAAAACCAAGAGUAAAGAAAAGCAUAGGCACAAGGAGGGCGAGGCACAUGAAGGCGGAGAAAGGGAUGUCAGGUCUCCAGAAACGCUAGGUGGAAAAAGGACCAAGAAAGGAGGAAGUUUGGAACUGAAGAAACAUGAAGAAAAGCACUCAUUGCCGCAGAUAAAUAGAGAGGCUUACGGUCGAAACAUUGAAGACAAAAAAGAGACCUCAAAAGGAAACGAUCAAUACAAAAAGGAAAAACAUUUGGAGAGAAAAGACGAGGUCAAAGUAGCUGCUGUGAAGAAAGAAAGUGAAGGUGCUGCAACACUGAAAAAUGAAGAGAAAACAGAGCAAAAAGUAAAGGAGCGAAAAAACGAAGAAGAGUCAAAAACAACAGAUACAUUACUAAAAAUUGUAGGAAGUGUAACUGCGAUGCUUAGAGAAAUGUUAGUGCCGACAAAAAGGGAUCAGGGAAAGGUGGAGACUGACCCAGAAAUUUCGUUGCAAAAGACCCAGACUGAUGAUGAGAGGUUUAUCCAGAGUGUAGAUCAAAAAGGACAAGACCGGAAGGAUCUGGAAUGCAGACCGUAUGCUAUGGAACUCGCUAACACUCAAGAAGAGAUCACCGAUAGUAAUCAGGAUAAGAAGCCAGCAAAAGGAACGAAAGCGAAAGAAUCAAACAAGAGGCAGGUCAUAGACUUUUUGAAGAAGGAUGUCGAAGGGAAGAACACUACACAAGCGAGUCCAGGAAGUGGGAACCAAAUAAAAAUAAAAAACAUGAAAUCAAAAGAAAGAGGUAACGAACAAAGUGGCAGAACGACUCGAAAUAGGUCAAGAGGUAAACAAACAGAUGCGGCAGAGAAAACGAGAGAUAUGAAAGGAACGGGCCGCAAAGAAGAAGUUAUCGCAGAGGUGAAGCAGCAAAGUGAAAAUGUUCCAAAUGAAACGUUAAAAGCUGAUAUUAUGCAGAGAAUACGUAAAAGCAAAGAUUCUAUGAGGAAGAUACAUUCCAAAAAGGAAGACGACAAUAAAAAGCUCACCAAAGAACGAAAAGUUGACUCAAAGGGUCCGGCGGCGACUAGUGGACGAGAUAGCAGAUCACGAAAGAAAAGCAUCCCUAACUCGACGAUAACUGAUAAAACGUUAAAAGUUUUACCAUACUGCAACUUUUAA